UGAUGACCAACUCGUCUGGACAUGGGUCUUACAUGAUCCUGGCUGCCGGCGAGGAACGCGCGGUGGACGUGGAGCAGCCUCCGAGCUUCGCCUCCGACACCGAGGGUAAUUUGUCACAUGACCACAACCCACAGCCGUUGCCGUUCCCGUUUGGAGAAGAUGAGGAUGGUGAUGUGGGAAACGGAAACUACCACGGCAAGAAGAAAAACCUGAACAACAAGAAGACAGACCAAGAUGCGCGUGGUCGUGCCACUCAACAGCUGCAAAGCGGCAAAACCGCUUCCCGCCCGAACUGGCUUCUGAUCGCGGCGAUUUCUCUGGGAAGCGUCGUGCUCCUGGCCGGAAUCGCGGUCGGUGUUUGCUACGGGUGUGGGGUUUUCGAGCAAGCGUCUCAAGCACCACCUCUACGCACUGCUAAAGCAUCGCACUACUUGUAGGAAUUGCAUGGCAAGAUUGGCAAUAAUUCUUUUCAGAAACGAAAAAAGGGUGCUUCUUGUAAAAUGCUGACUCAGAGCGUAGGUCUAGGAGUAAACGAAACCAAGUUGUUGUAGUAGCUUUAAGUAGUCCUCAUGAUCAACAUGCAGUACAAUGCAAUUACUGUACGAGAGCGAAGAUGCUUUUGCAUUGCAUAACAGCCUCCGGGGCCAACUAUCAACGGCGGUACGCAGGGGCCUCCGCUGCAGAACCACGCGGAACUACAGCAGCUGAAUGAGCUUGUCCAGCAAGACCCGAUUUUCGCCGAGAUUCAACGGGAGGAGCAGUCGCGUAGCGACAAGCAGCCAAUCCUGGUUUCCUCCGGCCGCAGUUUUGUCACCAUCGAUGCCGCCGUGGCCGCGCUGUGUGACGAGCAGCGGUGCUUCGAUGACGCGACGGGAGAAGAGGUUGAGGUGGAAGAACAUCCGGGCCAGGCACGCGUAGUUCAUCUUGAAGGCCAGUCCAAUGAUCAUCUUCAUGCGGACAUGAUGAAGAACAACAUGGGACGUUCUAGUAGAACCCGCACCUCCUUUCUGCAACAGCAAG